UCCAUCGUGGCUCCCUAGUAAAUAUUUACAAUGAACUGUCUAGUAAGAGCAACAUGAUGUAUAACAAUGAAAAAUCUUCCGAAUAUUUCCAUGAAGCUAUGAUUUGUUUAGAAAAGUUCAAGUGGCUUUAUAACGUUCCUUUGACAAAUAUAUUAAUUGAUCAAUCAUUAAAUAAAAUACCAUUUACAUGGUUAAGCAUUUUGGGAAGAUUGCACCAUAAACAAUUAAAUUGUUUUGUAACAAAAUUAGACAUGCAAUUACAUUGGCCAACAUCAUUUACAGAGUUUCUUAAUACAUGUAAAAAAUUGAAUAAAUUGCCACGUUUGAAAAUGACGUUAUUAACAAAAUUGCCAAUAAAAUUCAGAAAGGAUGUUAACUUAAAAAAACAGCAUGAAAUACUAUAUUUUUCUCGAUUAAUUCAUUACAAUUGUUUGUUACAAAAUAUUUCUGUAAUUGUUGAUCUUGGUACAGGUUUGGGAUAUAUUUGUCAAUUAUUGAAUUAUCUAUAUGGAUACAAAAUAUUAGCACUAGAUUCAAGUCAUCUAAAUAUUGAUAAAGCCAAAUUGAGACAACAAAAUUUUUUUCCUGAUUCCAUUUCAACUAUAAAAUACAUAUGUACCAAUAUAACUGCAGAUUCAGAUAAAUUUAUAGAAUCAACUCUAGAAAAGGAAUUUAAAGAAAAGAAGAAAUGUUGCUUGAUAGGACUCCAUGCUUGUGGAGAUCUUAGUAUUCAUGCAUCAAACAUGCACUUAAAAAUGAAAAUUGCUCGACUUUUAGUUCUUGUUUCAUGUUGUUACCACAAGUUAAGUUAUGAAGAAAUAAAUAGAAAUAAUAUGUACAUUAAUAGGAAAGAAUACUUUAAAUAUUUUCCGCUAUCAAAUGAAUUCAAAAAUACUAUUCGCCUACUAUGUAUAGAUACAGGGAACUUACUCAAAAGGACAUUUCUGCGAUUAGCAAGCCAAGAAACUUCAGAUAGAUGGUUUACAAUUGAUAAAACAAGUCAUAAUAAUCAUUCUCUGUACACUUUAUCACGAGCAGUUCUUGAACUAUAUGCUUAUAAUAAUAACCUCAAAAUAAAAAAGGUAAUUAGAAAAGGAACAAGGAAGUCUCAUUGCUUAAAUUUCAAAGACUAUUUAAAACUUGCUAUGGUUUGCUAUGAAUAUGAAAAAACUAAUGAUGACAACCUAUCAGUCAUCAAGUUUUUAUGGACUCAUGAAGUAGAAAGAAACAUUUUAUCUUUAUGGGAUAGAAAUUAUGAAAAAUUAUACAUGAUAGAACCAUAUACUGCUUUGCAAAUGGUUUUGCAGAAUGUAGUUGAGUCACUAGUGCUUAUUGAUAGAAUGCAUUUUUUAAAAGAGCAAAAUUGUAAUCCAGUUUUGUUCCCUGUUACUGAUAGAUCAUUAUCUCCAAGAUCUUUUGCAUUAAUAUCAAAUAAAAUUACUUGA